UGUUUUUCAGCCGAGCAACUCAAACGGAGACGGUGCUGGCUGGCUCUUUUCCUUUAUUUCAAGGGUGGUGGGAUCUCUACUUCGUACACAGCUUCAAAAUUGGAUUUAGACUAAAGGCUGUACUUUCCCGCAAGCUUCCGAGGAAAGAGGCGGCCUUCCCAUGGUCGGAGGUAAGCACUCGGGGACGACCGAUUCUCCGGACGAAGGAAUUCGCCCAACGCUCAACGCCACACGCGGAGAUAAAAGACAAGCCCGUUUCCCUCGGCUCGCGUGGGCCUGCGCCCCAAGGACGCUUUCCUCGCGGAGUAUUAGCAGGAGUUGGGCGGCCCGCGCUGCGCCUCCCUCUCCCCAUUCCCCUGGGGGGCGUGGCUAGCUUUGCCUUUCGCCAUGAUGAGCAAAUGACCUCGCGGGGAAUGAAAUUUAAAUUCCACAAAGGCGAGAGAGUUCUUUGCUUCGAGCCGGACCCGACCAAGGCGAAGGUGCUUUAUGAUGCCAAGAUUGUUGAUAUUAUUAUUGGAAAAGAUGAGAAAGGAAGAAAGGUCCCAGAGUAUCUGAUUCAUUUUAAUGGUUGGAAUAGAAGUUGGGACAGAUGGGCAGCUGAAGAUCAUGUACUUCGUGACACUGAUGAAAACCGCAGAUUACAGCGCAAAUUGGCCAGAAAAGCUGUGGCUCGCAUGAGAAGAAAAGGAAAGAAAGGGCGUUGCAGGUUGCCAGGUGUUGAUUCUGUACUGAAGCUCCUUCCUACUGAAGAAAAUGAAAAGACUAGUGAAAAGUCUAUAAGUAGUUCUGAUGAUGAUGAUAGUGAUGAAGGAACAGAAGAGGAGCUAAAGAGUGAAGAAAGUGACAUUGAUGAAAAGAUAGAAAUGAAAGAAGAGCAAGAGACUCAUGCUAAAAGAGAUAUGGAAGAAAGAGCAAUAAACAUUGAAAUUCCUGAAAUCUUGAAAAAGAAACUUGAAGAGGAUUGUUACUAUAUUAACAGGCGAAAGCGGCUUGUGAAACUGCCAUGUCAGACAAAUAUAAUAACCAUCUUGGAAUCAUACGUAAAGCAUUUUGCCAUUAAUGCCGCUUUUUCAGCCAAUGAAAGAUCCCGUCACCAUCAAAUGACAUCACAUACCAACUUGAAUCUCCAUUAUAUCCCACCAGAAAAAAAUGUUGAAUUAUGUAAAGAAAUGGUGGAUGGCCUAAGAAUAACCUUUGACUUCACUCUUCCUCUUAUUCUACUGUAUCCUUACGAGCAAGCACAGUUUAAGAAGGUGACAUCCUCCAAAUUUUUUCUACCAAUAAAAGAGAGUAUAGCAAAUUCUAACAGAAAUCAAGAAGAGCUUUCUCCAAGCCCACCUCUUCUGAAUCCAUCAACUCCACAAUCCACAGAUAGUCAGCCUGCAACAGGAGAACCUGCAACACCUAAACGCAGAAAAACGGAACCUGAAAUCCUGCAGUCUCUAAGGCGUUCUACGCGUCACACAUCCAACUGUGAUAGGCUGUCAGAAAGCAGCGCUUCUCCACAGCCAAAAAGGCGGAAUAUUGAGACUCCUGCUUCAAUGCCAAAAUUAUUUUUGCAUCUUGAAAAAAAAACUCCCGUCCACAGUGGGUCAUCAUCUCCUAUUACGCUAACCCCUAGCAAAGAAGGUAGUGCAGUAUUUGCUGGAUUUGAAGGCAGAAGAAAUAAUGAAUUGAAUGAGGUGUUGUCAUGGAAACUCAUGCCAGAAAACUAUCCUCCAGGCGAUCAGCCACCGCCACCUUCUUACAUUUAUGGAUCUCAACAUUUGCUGCGCAUGUUUGUAAAGCUUCCAGAGAUACUUGGGAAGAUGAGCUUUUCUGACAAAAAUCUAAAAGCUUUAGUAAAGCAUUUUGAGUUGUUCCUAAGGUUCCUAGCUGAGUAUCAUGAUGACUUCUUUCCAGAGACAGCUUAUGUAGCAGCCUGCGAGGCCUAUUAUACCACCAAAAAUCCACGUGCUAUCUACUGAAACUGUGGAUGCAGUCAAUUGUACAAACUGGGCACGUUCUAUGUCUCCUAUUUUAUUGCAUUACUUCAAGAUCAAGAAAAAUUGGAAGAUAUAAUUAUAAUAUAACAAAGGCUUUCUACAAUGCUGUUCUUUUGGCAUAAAGAAAUUUUCAUUUCAUUUCAGAGCUAUGCUGAUGUUGCAUUGUACACUCAUCAGAUAAAUGAAGCUCUGCAUUGACUGUUAAUGCAUAGAACUGCAUACAAAUAAAGUAAGAAAAAGGAAGAGAUGCAUUAGAAACAGACUUCAAAACUAAUUCAUCCUGUGUUCCACAUUAUUAUAGCCUUGCUUCAGACUGACCUCUCAUCAUUUCUGUUUAAAAAGUGAAUGCAGUUGCAUUGUGCAGGUUGUUCAUAUUUGGGAUUUUUUUCUAUAAAAUCUGUAAGAAACCACUUCUAUGUUAGCAUCCUUCAUGAGGGAUGGACUUGAUGAUACCUUCAAGGAAGCACUGUUAAUUCUAUGUAGGUCCAUUUCACAGUGACCAAAUAGCUUUGAUUGGAAUUAAUAAAUCCCAUAUAUUGUUUGAAUUGCUUCAGGGUGUUAGGGCUUUUUGUAUUUAAGAAAAGGAUAUACUUCAUAAUUUUUUGGAAGAAAGAAUGAUGAAGUGAUAGUUACUUGGCAAAAUUUUGGAUCUGGAAAUACUUGAGUUUUGUUUUGUUUUAAUUUUAUAGUUCUUGCUUGUAAAUCAACUAGAAUUUAUUUCUGAAAGUAAGAGAAGAAUCAGAAUAUUUUGUUUAUGUUAACAAAAGCUAACUGAUUUCUAAACUGGAAGAGGUUGAUAAAUAGGGAAGAGCCAUGCUAUCAUUCAGUUAGUCCGGUCUUACUACAGCACAACUUGAGAAGUUCAUUAAUUUCACUAGGAU